AUGAUCUCCCCCGAGGUGAUGCAAGAGCUGCUGUCAGUGCGGCAAGUCCUGCACUACUUGCCCGAGUCGGCCUCAACGGAAAAGGGCUGGAGCGAGCACGAGCAGCACCUCUUCUGGGUCGCACUGGCCCAGCACCCCCAAGGCCCCUGGACCACGAUCGCUGAGUUCAUUGGCACAAAGUCUGCCCGCCAAGCGAUGACCCACGGCCAGAAACUGCGCCAAAAGCUCAAGCGCUGGAACGAGCGUCUGCGAAGCAACCCAACCGCGAGUAUGCUCAUGGACGGAGUCGACGUCUCAACGAGCGCGAACGUGGCAGUCACCGCCGGCAUUUCAGUCGAAGCCAUGCCAACCACGACCGAGGCCGCGAUGAUCAGCACCGACUGCAGUGGAUUCCAGUCUGGUUUCCCGGUAGAUGGUGUCAAUAUCGUGGAAAUGAACGGUCUCCACGUGACUGAUGCCAACAUAAUGGGCUCAAGCUGCGUGGCCGGAUCGAGCAUCGACACCACGCAGCAGUUCACCGUAGGCGCCCCCUCUCAGUACGCACACGCCUCAGCAGCGCACCCAACUUUAUCGGAGGACACCGCGCGUGUCGUGGGGCUGAUGCUGUCGGAAUCGUCGGAAGAGGUGCAACUGACGGACAUCUCGGACGACCCCGAGAUCCUGCCGCAACACCUGCUCGACGACCUACUCGAGAUCCUGUCGGACGACGACCUCAACGAGCUGAGCCACCACCACUAA